AUGGCUUCCUCGUCUUCCAAUAACAAUUAUGAGGAAUCUGAAAAUGACCCCUUUGAUCAAUUUUUCGAGCAAGCCUAUACACAAAAUUUUGAUCAAGCUUUUAAUCAAAUUUAUGAUCAAACGUAUGAAAAUCUCUACAAUGCUUAUGUUGCUCAGCAGGAGACAAGCAAUCCAAGGAAGAAAAGAGCUUAUAUUGAGAGGAAUCGCGAAGAUGGCCACAACUGGUUGUGGAAUGAUUAUUUCGCAGAAAAUGCAACAUAUACCGAUAAUCUCUUCCGCCGGCGUUUUAGAAUGAACAAGCCAUUGUUCAUGCAUAUUGUUGAGAGGCUUAGCAAUGAAAUUCCCUAUUUUCAACAGAGGAAUGAUGCUUCCGGAAGACCUGGUCUCUCAGCACUUCAGAAGUGUACAGCAGCUAUCCGUCUCUUGGCGUAUGGUACCGCUUUUGAUACGGUUGAUGAGUAUCUUCGUCUAGGUGAAACUACGGCUCGUAAAUGUUUGGAACAUUUUGUAGAAGGAGUAAUUGUUCUCUUUGGGGAUGAGUACCUCAGACGACCCACUCCAGAGGAUCUUCGAAGACUACUUGCUGUUGGAGAGUCGAGAGGGUUUCCCGGGAUGAUAUGA